AUGAAGAAGCUAGAGCAAGAAGGCACGAAGUUAAUGCAGAGCAACAGAACACACAAAGAACCAAUGCUACAAGCAGCAAUUAACUCAACAGUAGUCGUACUUGUAGAUAACUGUUUGUUUACGUUGGUUACAGGUGAAAUCACUUUCGGAAUUCUUGGUCUCUUAUUAGUAGACUCAGUUAUUGGAUGUCCAGAGAGAUGUCUAUGCAACAUUACACUGAAAGAAGUGAGCUGCACAGGUAAUGGACUCUCAGAGAUUCCAAAAGGUGUUCCUCCUGACACAGAAAUCCUAUACUUACAAAACAACCAUAUUCACACAAUAUCAAAUGCUACUUUUACUGAUAUGCCUCAACUGCAGGUAUUAGACUUGUCAAAUAACAUUAUUUCAAGUUUAUCAUCAAAUACAUUUGAUGGAUUGCAUAAUCUUCUCAAACUGAAUCUUGCAAAUAACUCCAUCAACUAUAUGGACAAUAAAAUUCUUCGUGAAACCCAAAAUCUCGAGCAACUGGAUUUGUCAUUUAACAAUCUUACAAGUUUGCCUGAGGGUUUGUUCAAGAACCAGAAGAAUCUGUUCUGGCUUGGCGUGCAUCAAAACCAACUUCAUCAACUAGACACUGCCCUUCUGGAUUCACUGUCAAAUCUACAAAUACUUUUGUUCCAGAAAAAUCAAUGGAUAUGUGACUGUCACAUGGGUGGAUUGAAACUCUGGCUGGAGAGCUUUCUGUACAAAGGAGGUCAGAUUGAUGAGAUUCUCUGCACAGAACCUGAAGAUUUAAGAAGUAAAGACGUUAUGAAAAUCCCUCAUGAAUUAUUCCAACCAUGCUCCUCUGUUGAACAUAAGCCACCUCAUGCAGACUCUGGCCACAAAAGUCCUACUACACAAAAUCUUCAUGUCAAAAAUGAAAAUGACAAUAAUGCAGACUGUACUACAAAGUCCAAGCAACGAACAGGCAGCUUACGUCAUGCUGUUGCCACAAUUGUGAUAACUGGUGUCAUCUGUGGCAUAGUUUGCUUAAUGAUGUUGGCAGCUGCGAUUUAUGGCUGUUCUUAUGCAGCUCUUAUGGCUAAAUAUCAAAGGGAACUAAAGAAACUGGAACAUCUGGGUCCAGAGAUUGAACAAGGAAGUGCUGAAGAGAAGGAGCCACUAGACGGUUCACUGCCAUGA